AAAAAUGUUAUCGCAUUUGAAAUCAUUUGUUAAUAUAAUAAUUCCUUAAAAAGUUACUUAUGAAGUCUUUAAACUAUAACUUAUCUAUAAUUAAUCAAUAAAUGAUAAUAAGGACAUCAUGUUUACUAUGUGUUAAUAACCAAGCAGUCUUUAAUUAUUUGGCGUGAUUGGGGAAUAGUCGAGAGAUAAUAAUAAUCGUAUGAUUUAUUGAAUAAAUUUAUAUUCUAAAAAAACAUUUAUUGUUUUUUAAAGUAUGGAGUUUAAUAAUACUAGUUGUGAACCAAUGGACAUAGAUUUAAGCUCUAACUCAGUCAGCGCUAUGGAGAUUUCAUAUAAUGAAAAUAUUAUAAUCAAGACUGAAGAUACAUGUGAUAAUACUAACACGACACUUAGCCCUAAUAUCCAGCGCCCUGAAACUAACUUCAAAAAGUUGGUAGUCAAUUUAGAUGUAACACAUAUUAAAAGGAAAAACAAAAAUAAGUUUCUUUAUGCUCUAGGAAUAAUAUCUCUAUUAUUAUCGGUAACUUGUUACCAUCUAAAAAUGAAUUACCAAUGCUGUGAAAGAAUCAAUACUGAAAAAAUAAGACAUAAUCUAUUAAAUAGGCUGUAUGGACAGACUACUGCAGUAUCACAAAUUAUGAAAACAUUAGAAAGUGAUAUGAAAAAUAAAUUAUUAAUUAUGUAUGGAGGAACUGGUGUUGGAAAGACAUUAGCAGUUUCAAUAAUUUUAGAAGACAUAUUAAAAUUUGCAAAUGUAUAUCACUACACAAUGCUAAAUUUAAUUGAUUUAAAUGCAUCUGAUCUUUUAUUUGGAUUAACUUGGUGUCAGUCAUCCAUUGUUAUUAUUGAUGACCUGAGUCAUAAUGAUUUAUCAGCAAUAAAAUACUUUAUUGAGACUCUAAUUACAAAGAGUGAAACACUUAGCGGAAAUCUUACUGUUAUUAUAAAUUAUAAUUGUGAUAUAAUGGACUCACAUUUUUCAUCUAAAUGUAACAGUAACUUCGCAAGUGAGUUGAAAAAUAAUUUUAGUGAUAUUUUUAUAGAGAAAAGUUUUAUAGAGUUUAACCAAUUAGACAAUAGUGUUUUGAGAAAAUGUGUUGAACAUGAGAUGGGCAACAAAAAAGUUACUGAAGAGCAGAUGGGGCAUAUAUUGAGAAACUUUGAUGUGGUUCGAGAUGGUUGUAAAGGUGUGCAUCAAAAGAUAAAAUAUUUGAGUAUAAUUUGAAGGUAUGAAUGUUAAAAAAUUAAAUUAAUU